AGGCUAGGGAGAGCUCUAGGAGCAGGAACAGUACCAGAAUGGCUUUUUGGGCUUCUCUUGCCUUGGUUUGUGCCAGUCUGGUGGCAGUGUCCCAGGCUGCGUCACUGGGAGUGGUUUACACGGAGGGUGGAUUUGUAGAAGGUACCAGCAAGAAAAUUGGGAUCCUCUUCCCAGAUUACAUUGAUGUUUUUAAGGGGAUCCCCUUCGCAGCUCCACCAAAAGCCUUUGAGAAGGCAGAAGAGCACCCAGGCUGGUCAGGUACAUUAAAGACCAAAGAUUUUAAGCCACGGUGCUUGCAAUCCACCUUAACCCAAAAAGAUGUCCGUGGUGAAUUAGACUGCCUCUACCUGAACAUCUGGGUUCCUCAGUCCCGCUCGUCAGUGUCCACCAACCUACCAGUCAUGGUUUGGAUCUACGGCGGGGCCUUCUUGCUCGGUUCAUCUCAGGGGGCCAAUGUGUUAGAUAACUAUCUGUACGAUGGAGAGGAGCUUGCUCUGCGUGGCAAUGUCAUUGUGGUCACCUUGAACUAUAGACUGGGACCAUUGGGCUUUCUGAGUACUGGAGACUCCAACCUUCCUGGCAACUAUGGACUGUGGGAUCAACACAUGGCCAUUGCCUGGGUGAAAAGGAACAUUGCCGCGUUUGGUGGGAACCCCGAUAACAUCACCAUAUUUGGGGAGUCUGCUGGAGGCGCCAGUGUCUCUCUUCAGACCCUGUCUCCGUAUAACAAAGGACUGAUCAAACGAGCCAUCAGCCAGAGUGGGGUGGGCAUGUCCCCUUGGGCACUUCAGAGCAACCCACUUUUCUGGACUACAAAGGUGGCUGAGAAAGUUGGAUGUCCUGUGCACGACACAGCGGCUAUGGCGAACUGCUUACGGAUUUCAGACCCUAAGGCUGUCACUUUAGCCUACACACUGGACCCGGCUGUCAUGGAGUAUCCAGCAGUUUACUACUUGGGAAUCUCCCCGGUCAUCGACGGCGAUUUCAUUCCGGAUGAACCGAGAAAUCUCUUUGCCAAUGCGGCUGAUGUGGAUUAUAUGGCGGGCGUGAACAAUAUGGACGCACAUUUGUUCGCAGGCAUCGAUUUGCCAGUUAUCAAUAAGCCUCUUCAGAAGAUUUCUGAGGCCGACAUCUAUAAUCUGGUGCAGGAUUUGACCCUUACUAAAAUCUCCAGUGCCUUGGAAACUGCCUACAACCUUUACACGGCUAACUGGGGUCCCAACCCUGAGCAGGAGAAUAUGAAAAGAACAGUCAUAGACUUGGAGACGGAUUAUCUCUUCUUGGUCCCAACCCAAGAGGCACUGGCACUUCACUCCAUGAAUGCCCGAAGUGGCCGGACUUACAACUACGUUUUCUCUUUGCCGACCCGUAUGCCCAUUUACCCCAACUGGGUGGGAGCCGAUCAUGCCGACGACUUGCAGUAUGUGUUUGGGAAACCCUUCCAGACACCAUUGGCUUACAGACCCAAGGACAGAGAUGUCUCUGCUACCAUGAUUGCCUAUUGGACCAACUUUGCUGCAACUGGUGACCCCAGCCAAGGACCCUCCAAAGUCCCCACCACUUGGCUGCCUUAUACCACUCGCCUUGGCCAGUACCUGGAAAUCAACGACAAGAUGUCUUACCAAUCCGUAAAGCAGAGCCUCCGAUCCCCUUAUGUCAAAUUCUGGGCCCAAACCUACCGUAAUAUGGCCAACGCGUAACCCAAAUCUAUUUCACAACCUGAAAGGAUUGCCAUGUAUGCGCUAUGGAAUAUGUUGGCGAUACACAAAUAAAGGAUAACGUACCUGUUUGU